UGACCAUGGAUCAGAUAGCGGAUGAGUUGCGCCAAGCUUACAAGGCCAACAAAGAGAUCCUGGAUCACUUCAAAGAGGAUUAUGCUAAGAAGGAGAACCCUCUCUUCCAGGACUUCGUGGAGGAGCUGCUAUUUGUGAAAAGAAAUGUUGCCGGGGUCAUUCCAGCAGACCAGGAGCAGUUCAAUAGACUUCUGGAUAGAUUGUUUCAGUACCCUGUGACUUACUCCGAAUACUGCUCUGUUCUCUCUCACCUACCCGUGAACAAGUUCGGAUGGGGUCUCGACUCUUUCGCCAAACUCGACCUGGACAGCAACGGCAGCAUAUCGCCCAAAGAGGUUGAAGCCGCAGUAGGACAAAGCAAGAGGAAAAAAGAGAAGUUUGAAGCACUGGAGAAAAACAACGAUGGAAAAAUCUCACUGGCCGAAUUCCUUCACUGCUGGGAACACGAAGUCAAGGCCAAAACACUUCCAUACAAGGUAAUGAUGGUGGUGACGAACAACGCAGACCUUGGCACCACAGGGCGAAAGACAGGCUACUACCUACCCGAAGUGGCCCACCCAUACCACGUGUUCACAGAGGCAGGACUAGACGUUGUCUUCGUAUCCCCCCGAGGAGGCUAUGCCCCUAUGGACCCGAGCAGCUACGAGGCAUACAUGGAUGACUUGAUCUGCGCUAACUUCAUCGAGGAUCCAGAGAUACUACACAAGCUAGACAACACCCUCAAUCCGGCGAAUAUCGACCCCAGUAGCAUCAGCGUUGUCUUCUACGCGGGAGGUCAUGGUCCAAUGUGGGAUGUUGCUUUCAAUCGCGAGAUUGCCACAAUCGCUCGCCAGGUGUACAAGCACAACGCCGGAAUCAUAGGAGCCGUCUGCCACGGAACCUGCGGGCUCCUCCCAAUCACACUCAAAGCGGCAACUAAGCCGACACUCCUGGAGAACCGAAAAGUAACAUCGUUUACAAACGACGAAGAAGAAAUGGUCUUUAAUGAGGACACGUGGAAUAUCAUGAAUUUUAAGCUGGAGACAAAAUUAACCGAGGCAGGAGCAGAGUUUGUAAAGGGGGAACCUUUUGCAUGCAACGUUGUCAAUCAUAAAGGAAUAGUUACGGGACAGAAUCCUCAAUCGUCAACAAAAUGCGCUCAGGUCAUUGUGGAAGAACUAGCCGCGAAAAUCGCCAACAAGGAUGCAUUCAAUAAACUUCUUUGAAUUUUAUAUCAAAAUAUAAAUCUAUGCGUGUAAAACUCAAAUUGAAUGUUUGAUCACAA